GUAUUUUUUUAAGUUUAAAUUAUUUCAUAUAUUACGUCCAAAAAUUACAACAUCUAUUUUAAUAUUUAAUUAAUGAAUCCAUAAAACAAAAUAAAAUAUACGUGUAUAAGAAAUUAAUUAAAAAAAGAAAAAUAUCAAUAAAAAUAAAAUCAAAUCAAAUAAUAAAAAUAAUAAAAUGGAAGCAAAAGCAAAUCCUUUCAACAAAAUUUUUUAAGAAGUCCCCGGCCUUUAAGGAUACAAAAUGUACUCUUUAAAGAGCUUAAAUGAUGCAAGAGUAUCCGAACUUCCUUAUUCCAUAAGGAUUUUAUUAGAAUGUGCAUUAAGAAACUGCGAUGAAUUCAACAUUAAAUCAUCUGAUGUAGAAAAGAUUUUGGACUGGAAAAAUAACUCUACAAAAGAUAUAGAAAUUCCUUUUAAACCUGCACGUGUAAUUCUUUAAGAUUUCACAGGAGUUCCUUUGGUAGUAGAUUUAGCAGCAAUGAGAGAUUCUAUAAAAAAUUUAGGAGGAAAUCCUUAAUAGAUUAAUCCUGCAUGUUAAGUUGAUUUGGUAAUAGAUCAUUCAAUAUAAGUUGAAUAUGCAAAAACUUUAGACUCUCUUUAAAAAAAUGAAGAACUUGAAUUCUAAAAUAACAGAGAGCGUUUCGAAUUUUUAAAAUGGGGUUAGAAUGCCUUCGAGAACUUUCGUAUUGUCCCUCCCGGUUCUGGUAUUGUUCACUAAGUAAAUCUCGAAUAUUUAGCCAAAUGUGUUUUUUAAAAUAAAGAUAAUGUUCUUUAUCCUGACACUGUUGUAGGUACUGAUUCACAUACUACAAUGAUUAACGGAUUAGGAGUUCUAGGUUGGGGAGUAGGAGGAAUUGAAGCGGAAUCUAAUAUGCUAGGAGAAUGCUCUGCAAUGGUUUUACCAGAGGUGGUAGGAUUCAAAUUGACAGGAUAGCUGCCUAAAACUGCUACUGCUACUGAUUUAGUACUUACUUGUACCAACACAUUAAGAAAAAGAGGUGUUGUGGGUAAAUUUGUUGAAUUUUUCGGUCCUGGAGUACGUUCAUUGAGUUUAGCUGAUAGAGCUACUGUUGCAAAUAUGGCACCUGAAUAUGGGGCUACAACUGGUUUUUUUCCAGUAGAUGAGAAGACAAUCGAAUAUUUAAGAUAAACAGGAAGAUCAGAUGAAUAAAUUAAAAUUGUAGAAACGUAUUUAAGGGCCUAAGGAUUAUUCAGAAUUUAUGAUACAAAUGAAAAAGAUCCUGUUUAUUCGGGAUAAUUGUUAGAAUUAGACCUUUCGACUAUUGUGCCUGCACUUGCAGGGCCUAAAAGACCCCAAGACUUAAUUUUUUUAAGUAAUGUAAAAAAAGAGUUCAACGAAGGCUUAUGCAAACCUGUAACUUUCAAGUCUUUUGGUGUACCAGCUGAUAAAGCUACUUUAGAAAUCCCUUUCGAAUUAGGAGGUGAAAAGCACGUUUUCAAACAUGGUUAAGUACUUAUUGCUGCUAUUACUUCAUGUACAAAUACUUCAAAUCCAGGAGUUAUGUUAGCUGCUGGUUUAAUGUGUAAAAAUGCAUUUUUAAAAGGAUUAAAAAUACCUUCUUAUGUAAAAACUUCCCUUUCUCCAGGUUCUUAGGUAGUUACUAGAUAUUAUGAAAAAGCAGGUUUGGUUGAAUAUAUGAAUUAGAUGGGCUUUGCACAUGCUGGGUAUGGAUGCAUGACUUGUAUUGGAAAUUCUGGUGAUUUUGUUGAUCCUUUAUUGAAUUAAAUUGUUAAAGAUAAUGACUUUGUGGCUGCUGCAGUACUCUCUGGUAAUAGAAAUUUCGAAGGAAGAGUUCAUCCUUUAACUAGAGCUAAUUACUUGGCUUCUCCUCCUUUGGUUGUAGCUUAUGCUUUAGUUGGAACUGUAAAUUUUGAUUUCGAAAAAGAACCUUUAGGAAAAGACAAAAACGGAAAUGAUGUUUUUUUGAGAGAUAUUUGGCCUUCAAGGGAUGAAAUAGAUAAACUUUAAAUUGAAGUUAUCACUCCAGAUAUGUUCACGGAUAAUUAUGCUAGAAUUGCUAAAGGAACUGAUAGAUGGAAUGCUUUAGAAGUUAAAUAAAGUAUUUAGUAUGGAUGGGAUGAUAAAUCUACAUGUAUUUUUUUCUUCCUUAAAUAUUAAAUAUUUUUAUAUUAUUAUAUUAGAUAUUCAUAAUCCUCCUUUCUUUUAAAAUUGCACAUUAAAAUUAAAGCCAAUUAAAAAUAUCAAAAAUGCUUAUGUUUUGGGUCUUUUUGGAGAUUCAAUAACUACUGAUCAUAUAUCACCGGCAGGAAACAUAGCUAAAGAUUCACCUGCAGGUAGAUAUUUAUAAGAAAGAGGAGUUACAUAGUAAAAUUUUAACUCAUAUGGAUCCAGAAGAGGUAAUGAUGAAAUUAUGGCAAGAGGAACUUUCGCUAAUGUAAGAAUUAUCAAUAAACUUUUGGGAGGAAAAGUUGGGCCUAAUACUGUGCAUUUCCCAACAGGAUAAACUCUUUCUAUUUAUGAUGCUGCUUCAUAGUACAUGAAAGAAGGUCAUUAACUAAUUGUUAUUGGAGGUAAAGAAUAUGGAACUGGAUCAUCAAGAGAUUGGGCAGCUAAAGGACCUUAUUUAUAAGGAGUUAAUGUCGUUAUUGCUUAAUCUUAUGAAAGAAUUCAUAGAUCUAAUUUAAUUGGAAUGGGUAUUUUGCCUUUGGAAUUCAAAGUAGGAGAAUGUGCAGAAACUUUAGGUUUAUAAGGAAACGAAACUUAUAAUAUUGAUAUUAAUUAAGGUAAUUUGAAAGUCGGGUAAAUGGUUAAAGUAGAAACUAGCAAUGGAAAAAGUUUUGAAGUUAAAUGCAGAUUAGAUACAGAUGUAGAAGUUUAAUAUUAUAAGCAUGGAGGUAUUUUAUUGUAUGUAUUAAGAAAAUUGGCUUAAUAAAAAUGAUUUUUUUUUUAAUAUAAAAAAAGUUAGUUUUUUAGUUUUUUUAUUUAGCAUUUUCUUUAAAAAAUAGGAUUUUUAAUAUAUAUACUAAAUUUAAUUUUUUUUAUACAUUACUAAAAUAUAUUAUUUUAUUUUUAAUCUUUUUC